UCACAGGCAGAGGCAGCUCCUCCACCACCACCCCACCCCCCAAACCCCCACUCCUGCCGUCCGGCGAGAAAUCCCCGAGCUCCGGCGAGAUGCAGAUCUUCGUGAAGACCCUCACCAGGAAGACGGUGACGCUGGAGGUCGAGAGCAGCGACACCGUCGCCAACGUCAAGGCCAAGAUCCAGGACAAGGAAGGCAUCCCUCCGGAGCAGCAGCGGCUCAUCUUCGGCGGGAAGCAGCUGGAGGACGAGCGCACCCUGGCCGACUACAACAUCCAGAAGGAGUCAACGCUGCACCUGGUGCUCCGCCUCCGCGGUAGCGGCAAGGGCGGCAGCUACCCCAAGAUCGACCUCAACCUCCUCGAGCUCGCGCUCAAGUACCGCCAGCACAAGAUGAUCUGCCGCAAGUGCUACGCCCGCAACUCCAGCAGGGCUGAGAACUGCCGCAAGAAGAAGUGCGGCCACAGCAACGAGCGUGCAAUCCCCGAGCUCCGCCACCCCACCCCACCCGCUCCCCCAAAACCCCAUUCCUCCGGCGAGCGAUCCCCGAGCUCCGGCGAGAUGCAGAUCUUCGUGAAGACGCUGACCGGGAAGACGGCGACGCUGGAGGUCAAGAGCAGCCACACCGUCGCCAACAUCAAGGCCAUGAUCCAGGACAAGGAAGGCAUCCCUCUGGACCGUCAUUGGCUCAUCUUCGCCGGGAAGCAGCUGGAGGACGAGCGCACACUCGCCGACUACAGCGUCCAGAAGGAGUCGACGCUGCACCUGGUGCUCCGCCUCAGCGGCGGCGGCAAGGGCGGCAGCUACCGCAGGAACGUCGAGCCCAACCUCCUCCAGCUCGCGCUCAAGUACCGUCGUCAGCGCAACAUGAUCUGCCGCGAGUGCUACGCCCGCAAUCCCAUCAGGGCCUACAACUGCCGCAAGAAGAAGUGCGGCCACUUCAACGAGCUGAGGUUAAAGAAGAAGCUGGCUUACAAGGACUAAAAAGGAAUGCAGCAACAUCAGAAAGUGAUCAAUCCAUGUGUCGUUCAUCAGUUGAAUCCUAGUGUGUCUUAUUACUAAUGUUUGCAUACUGUCUGAAUAGAAGUUUAUCCUAGUCUAAUUUUCAUGCUGGAGUACUUAUCUGAGCAAUGGCAUGUAGCCUAAGAUCAAACUGCUAGUUUAAGAUCGCUGUCUAUUGUUGGACCUUCGUUGUUGAUAUUCAAUGCAAGUAAACGUACUACGUGAAUCUUAAUCUA